CACUUAGUUCAAACCAAGAGGGAAGAACAGACACCACAGGAGUGAACCUGCUCUGACGAGGAACUCAUUCAUACAGCAACUGAGAAGUAAGAUGUCGCGGAGUAACAGCGGCUGACAAAAUAACGCAGUUGACUCCAACUCUCCAACUCUGCUUCAAUAAUUUAUUCUGGGAAGGUAAAGGGUUAUAAUGGAGCCGAACAGUAAAGUAAAGGAGAAGUUUUUCAUUGUGUUACGCGGAAAGUCGAGGAAGGGCUUCUGUCGAGGAUGCAUCGGCCGUGUGGAGGCAGAGACGCAGCAAGGAGAGCUGAUGGGGCUGCUGUACGGCGGGGGGAGCAACGCAGGGAGCCCCAAGAGCGGAGGCAUGGUGAGGAGGGAGGACACAUACUCCCUGACCCGCCACCAGGCUCAGCUACUGCUCUUCGUUUCCUCCAUGGGCAAACGCUUGGAGCUGCUGUGCAACCCACAGCUUUUUUCAGCCAUCUGUGAAUUAUCUCAGGAUGACCUGGUGGUGGUGAGACACAAGAAGGGACACAUGCCUGGCCUGGUGAAGAACCUGAUGCUGAUUGGAAGGAAGGAGAACAAAGAUGACCUGCACAUGCUUGGCUUUGAGGUGGAGUUUGUGGAAAAUGAUCACAAAAUGCCAACAAAAAAACCUGCUCCUCUGCCCCUGUUCAGUGCUGCAGAUAUUGUCCAGGUUGUCCCAUCCUGCUCUCUUCCCCUAGGGCUGCAAUGGAAGGAUGGCCAAUGUGGGGGACUAAACAGAAGAGCAGUGACGCGCAUCAAUUCUAUGCCGAACAUGGGGUCACAAGUAAGACAAGGGAAAGAGAACCAUACAGAGCGGAGCGUCUCUCAGAGCCACAGUUCAAGCCCACUGCCUCUGCUUUUGGAGGUUGGAUCCAUGGUGGAGGUGAUGUCCAACACAGGGGUCACUGUGUAUGGGGUCGUCCACUGGUUGGGGGUCCCUGUAGGGAAGCUGGACGAAUGGGCUGGGAUUGAAUUGGACUAUGAGGUAAACGGUUGCUCUGAUGGCAAGUAUGGAAGCCAGAGAUAUUUCACCUGCAGAGGUAACCGAGCCUUGUUUGUUCCCAUCACCAAGUGCAGUCCUGACAGCAGGUUUGUCCACCCCUCUACAGCAGCAGAAACUGUAAAACCAACCAACACACCUCCAGUUCCUCUUUUUGAGGACUCAGAGGAGGAUGCCCCACCUAUCCCUGAAUCAGGAGCCUUGUCUUUGUUGGUGGGAAAAAUGAAAGGGAUUCAGGGACACAUUAACUCAUGUUACCUUGAUGCUUCACUCUUCAGUUUGUUCAGCUCAGCCCUGACCCUGGAUAAUAUCUGCCAAAAACCUGCUGACACAGAGCAACCCAUAACCUGCACUCUUAGGAAAAUAGUCAACUGUCUACGCAGACAAGGGUUUGUGCCUGCAGAGAGUGUGAUGAAUUUCCGCACACAGCUUGGCUGUGACACCUUUCAAAAAGAUGAAAAAGACCCAGAGGAGUUUAUCACAGUCCUCUUUCAGAAGGUGCUUUGCAUGGAGCCUCUACUCAAGCUCAAAUCAAGAUGUGAAACAUCUCAGGGUGCUUACACAUUCCAGAUCUUUCUGGAAAAAGAUCAGAUGGGACAGCUGCCCACCGUUCAACAGCUUCUCGAUACAUCCUGCAUGUCAGGUGACCUCAAGUUUGAAGAGAUACCAUCCUGUCUAAUGGUUCAGAUGCCAAGAUUUGGAAACAAGUACAAGAUGUUUUCACAUAUCAUCCCCUCCACUGAGCUGGACAUCACAGAUCUUCUCUUCAACUCUCCAAGGGAGUGCUUCAUCUGUGGGCAUUUGGCAGAGUAUGAGUGUCUUCAGUGUCUACCAGAUCGCAAACUGCAGCCAGGGAGAAUCAAACAGUACUGUCCUACCUGCAACACACAGGUGCACACCCAUCGCUUGCGGCAGCAUCACUCUCCUAAAGCCCUGACAGUGCCAUCAGAUGUAGCAGCUGAUACUUCAGUGCCCAGACACAUGAUGCAGCUGUUUGCUGUGCUCUGCAUACAAACCAGUCACUAUGUGUCCUUUGUCAAGUACGGCCCUGAUCCUCAAUCCUGGCUUUUCUUUGACAGUAUGGCAGACAGAUGCGGUGAUGAUCACCAUGGUUAUAAUAUUCCGGAGAUCCAGGCCUGUCCGGAGCUUGGUGACUUCCUGUCCCAGCCAGAAGAGGAGCUAGCUCGAGCAAACCCCACACAGGCACCUGAACUGGUGCGCAGACUGCUUUGUGACUCCUACAUGUUUUUAUACCAGAACCCAGCCAAACCACUUUCAAAGUCAAACCACCAGGAGUCUUAAGCGCGUGUGAGCAAGAGGACACAAUGUUCCCAUAACAGUGUCCAAAUAACCUUGCAUCCCUGCUUAAUCAGUUACAUUUUAUGUUGGUUAUUGCAUCCAAACAGCAGGAACUGACAUGGAUGCUUUCAGCAUAAGAGGGAAAACAAUAUUGUUGACGAGCAAAACAAAAUCGUGCUCCAGACAAUUGACUUUAAAGGAAUGUACUUGUAUGAUUGUGUAAGUAGAAGAACAGUGAGAAGUAAAAUCUAUUGAAUGUCUUUGUGAUGUUACCCUGAUUAUUUAUUCCAAUAAUUAUGAAGUAAAUUGGAACAUGUUGGUAAUCUGAAUUGCUUUAUUCAUAUGUGUCUUUUCCUAUUAAAUGGGUAAUUAAAGUAUUUUAGAGUGCCUGCUGA